AUGGCAGCCUUGGCCCUGCAGCUGGUUGGGCUGGCACUGUCUAUCCUGGGCUGGCUGGGCUCUAUUUUGGCCUGCGCCCUACCCAUGUGGAAGGUGACGGCUUUCAUCGGAUCUAACAUCAUUGUGGCACAGGUCUUCUGGGAGGGGCUGUGGAUGAACUGUGUUUAUGAAAGCACCGGUCAGAUGCAAUGCAAGGUCUACGACUCUCUACUUGACCUACCAGCAGACCUACAAACCACCCGGGCCUUGGUGGUGGUCUCCAUCGCCAUGUCUUUCCUGGCUCUCCUGAUUGCCAUCUCUGGAGUAAGGUGCACCCACUUCGUAGAAGACCCAAAUACCAAGGCCAAAGUUUUAAGGAUAGCCGGGUCACCUUGCACCGAAGGACAUGUGAUCCACCCUGCGCACUUUGAUAUUUUAAAACAAACAGUUCCGAAUGGAAAAGAACAAGCAGAAAUUUAAAAGCCUCAUAAACCAGGCGCAAACUGAAGCGAGAAUGACGGUUACUUUUUAAAUGAAACUGCGUUGAAGUGGUAUUGUCUCAAGAGGAGGAAGUGGUUUCUAGACAGGAGUUCAACUGGCUAAGAACUUCCUGAAAGGAAUUUUCAUUCAGUUGCACAAGCAAUUCUAAUUAUUUGUCUGAGAAAAGCAAUAUUUAUCAAGAUCUUUGUCAAAAGGGUCCGUCCAUUGUUCUGUUGGCAGAAAAUAGGACAUGUGUACUGUACAUAAGGAGUG